AGCACCCAGGACGGACGAGGGGUGUUGGGUCAUAUUCGGGCUUACGUAAAGUUUUUAAUGGCAACAUGAAGCCUCGUAAGCCCGAAGGUAACUAUUUGACUGAGGAUGAUCUUUUGCAGCGUCUUCCUUCCCUUCUGCAGCAGUAUGGACUAUCUGUGUCCGGGAGUGCUCCAGAAGGGGCAUCCAUGUCGCAGCACACACCGUCUGUACCACCUCAUUAUGAGCUUCAGCGUAGUAGCAAGGCGUCUACAGAUUUUGUUGACGUCGCCGGUGUCACUGAGGUUUCUCCUUGUUACUUGAGGAUCUCUGAUCCAUCAGAUUACAUAGUGGCACAUGGAUCGGUUUUCCCACGUGCACCGGGAGAUAUGGUGCACGGUGUUCCCCUCCUUCCCCACCAGGUUAAGGUCUCUGUGACCCUUGUGCUUCCUGGAAUGGGUGAAUAUACCAUUCCUUGUCCAACUGAGCAUAUAGAGACUGUGGCCGAUUGCUUGGGGAGCUUCGUUGCAUGGCUUAAGUCAUUGGUGGGCAUUGGAGAUCCCCCAGUGCAGACGGCUCAACAUGACGACUUCUCAUCAAGCAAAUCUCGUCCCAUUCUCGGGGUACGUCCCACUGCUCCUAGAUCUCCCGUACAAGAUGUUGUUGCCCAGAGCUUAUACGUCACUUUCGGGCCGAGGUGCAGAGAGUUGUGUCAGUGGCUGACACGCACAUCUGCUUUACCUACCAUCAGCGUUAUUCUCAACCCUGAGUCUAUGCUCUAUCCGAAUGAGACGGAGCUGAGGAUGCGCCCGGAGAAUAUACGUGAGUUCAUGCGACGGGAGGAGGUGGAUCAGACCAUCAUCAUUGUUUUCUUUAGAUUGCUGUACGAUCAUAUGAUGGAGCUGGACAUUGCGUCUGUCGGGUUGUUAUGUCCAGAGAGCAUAGCAUACGUGGUUGCAAACUCGAUAGAAAAGUACCAGCGGUACUUGCCACUUAUUCGGUCAUUCGUUAAUCUCGAGGUUUAGUAAGAAGCAGGUCAGCGUUGCACUUUCCACCACGGAAGCGGAAUAUGUCGCUGGGGGAAGUUGUUGUGCCGAAAUUCUUUGGCUAAAACAGCAACUAGUGGAUUUCGGCCUUAUACUUGAUCACAUCCCAAUUAGGUGUGACAAUAUGAGCGCUAUUAGUCUAACGAAGAACCCCAUUCUUCACUCGCGGACAACACAUAGAAAUUAGGCAUCACUUCGUACGAGAUGUCACAAUUGAGUUUGUUGAAACGAAACAUUAAUUGGCGGACAUUUUCACGAAACGCCUUUGUAGGGAGAGUUUCUUUCAUAUUCGGAAUGAACUUGGCAUUUUGGA